AAGGCGGCAACCUUUUCCCUCACAACCUAUUUAACUAACCGCCGUCCAAUUAGCACAACCAUACUUAAUGGUCAGCAGAGGAUGGUGCUUGACCGCCUCCCUAUCGCUGAAGGUGCCUCCUUCGACUCUCACGCCGAAGAACACAACCAGACCUGCUUGGAAAACACACGAAUCGAAUUACUCCGCCAAAUACAAGCUUGGGUUGAGGAUCCAUGCGCGGAAUCCAUCUUCUGGCUCAACGGAAUGGCAGGGACGGGAAAGUCUACAAUCUCUCGCACCGUCGCACAGUCAUUUGCAGAUAGAGGCCACCUUGGUGCUAGCUUCUUCUUCAAGAGAGGAGAAGCCGAUCGUGGAAGCCUGGCCAAGUUCUUCACAACAAUUGCGGCUGAUCUAGCAGUAAGAGAACCAGCCACCGCGUCCCACAUCAAAGAGGCCCUCGACGCGGAUCCUUCUACGCCAAUGAAGAACGCUCGUGAGCAGUUCGAUAAGCUCUUCCUGCAACCGCUAUCAAGAAGCAUAACAGAGGCAAGGAAAGAUAGCCCUACAGUCAUUGUCGUUGAUGCACUGGAUGAAUGUGAACGUGAUGAAAAUAUAAGGCUCAUGAUUCACCUGUUUUCUCGCAACACGACUAGACAAUCUGGACAAAUAAAAGUCUUUCUUACCAGCCGACCUGAGCUGCCGCUUCGCCUUGGGUUUAAGGCAAUUGAAGGUACUUAUCAGGGUAUAGUCUUGCAUGAAAUGCCUGAACCCGUGGUUGAGCGCGACAUCUUCACUUUCUUAGAACAUGAGCUUGCAGAAAUUCGAGACGAGUAUAAUAGUUCAGUAUCGCAGGACCGACAACUUGCUACAGGCUGGCCUAGCCUAUCCGACAUCCAGUGUCUGGCUAAGAUGGCUGUUCCACUCUUUAUUUUUGCCGCCACUGUUUGCCGCUUUGUUUCAGAUCGCAGAUGUGGUGUCCCCGACGAGAAACUCAAGGAAAUCUUAGAUUUUCAGUCAAAUAACGGAUUACAAUUGGAACAACUGGAUGCAACAUAUAUGCCUGUCUUAAACAAAAUGAUCACCGGCUUAUCUGAUACUCAACGGGAAAAGGUACUUCAACAGUUCCGUAAAGUUGUCGGCCCAAUUAUCAUUCUCGCAAGCCCGUUGCCAACGUCUGCUCUAGCCCAAUUACUUAACAUUUCCAGACAGACUAUUGACGUCAAAUUGGAUAUGCUUCAUUCAGUCCUAAGCGUCCCGGUAUCUACUUUGUCUCCUGUUAGGCUAUUGCAUUUGUCGUUCCGAGACUUCCUCGUGGAUCCUAAUAAGAGCGAAAUAAACCCAUUCUGGAUUAACGAGAAGCAAACGCACAGCGACAUGGCAGGCAACUGUCUGCGUAUUCUUAGUGAAUGUCUCAAGCAAGACAUUUGUGAGAUAAAAGCUCCAGGUACACCUCGUUCAGCCAUAAGCUCUCAGAGAAUUGACACCUAUCUACCGCCAGGGGUACAAUAUGCAUGUCUUUAUUGGGUGCAUCACGUGGAAAAGGCCGAUACUUUUAUUGCGGAUGGUACAAAACCCCAUGAAUUUUUGAUACUACAUUUCCUCCAUUGGAUAGAAGCGUUGGCCCUGAUAGGUAGGGCUACAGAGAGUUUAAGUCUUAUCAAGACAUUGCAAUCACGACUUAUGUCCGAAAGUAGUAUAGAGCUCUCGCACUUCCUCGACGAUGCAACCCGCUUUCUACGUACUAAUAUGCCCAUAAUAAACACAACUAUUCUUCAGAUAUAUUCCUCCCUCAUUAUAUUUACACCAAAGGCCAGUAAAAUAAGAACCGUCUUUGAGGAUAGGGCUACAUGGAUACACCUUAAGCCAAAGGUAGGGCGUAACUGGAGUCAAUACAUCCAGACGCUCGAGGGCCAUACCGGCGGGGUUCAAUCUGUGGCCUUCUCGCAUGACUCGAUGCUAAUAGCAUCAGCCUCUAAUGACAAGACUAUACGGCUCUGGCGUGCAGACACGGGAGAAUGUAUCCAGACGCUCGAGGGCCAUAGUGACUGGGUUUGGUCCGUGGUCUUCUCGCAUGACUCAAUACUAAUAGCAUCAGCCUCUGAUGACAAGACUGUACGGCUCUGGCGCACCGACUUGGGAGAAUGUAUCCAGACGCUCGAGGGCCAUAUCGAUGGAGUUCGGUCCGUGGCCUUCUCGUAUGACUCGAUGCUAAUAGCAUCAGCCUCUCAUGACAAGACUAUACGGCUCUGGCGUGCAGACACGGGAGAAUGUAUCCAGACGCUCGAGGGCCAUAGUGACUGGGUUCAAUCUGUGGCCUUCUCGCAUGACUCGAUGCUACUAGCAUCGGCUUCUAGUGACGAGACUAUACGGCUCUGGCGUGCCGACUCGGGAGAAUGUAUCCAGAUACUCGAGGGCCAUGGCAGCGAGAUUCGGUCCGUGGCCUUCUCGCAUGACUCGAUGCUAAUAGUAUCGGCCUCUGAUGACAAGACUAUACGGCUCUGGUGCACCGACUCGGGAGAAUGUAUCCAGAUGCUCGAGGGGCAUGGUGACUGGGUUCAAUCCGUGGCCUUCUCGCAUGACUCGAUGCUAAUAGCAUCGGCCUCUGAUGACAAGACUAUACGGCUCUGGCACACCGACUCGGGAGAAUAUAUCCAGACGCUCGAGGGCCAUAGUAACUGGGUUCAAUCUGUGGCCUUCUCGCAUGACUCGAUGCUAAUAGCAUCAGCCUCUGAUGACGGGACUGUAAGGCUCUGGCGCACCGACUCGGGAGAAUGUAUCCAGACGCUCGAGGGCCAUAGUAACUGGGUUCAAUCUGUGGCCUUCUCGCAUGACUCGAUGCUAAUAGCAUCAGCCUCUGAUGACGGGACUGUAAGGCUCUGGCGCACCGACUCGGGAGAAUGUAUCCAGACGCUCGAGGGCCAUAUCAACGGGGUUCAAUCUGUGGCCUUCUCGCAUGACUCGAUGCUAAUAGCAUCAGCCUCUGAUGACGGGACUGUACGGCUCUGGCACACCGACUCAGGAGAAUGCAUCCAAGCUGUUAAUCUUGGAAUCACUUCAUAUUUCCUAUCAUUUAAACCAAAUACCUUGCUUCUACUAACUGAUGUUGGCGCCAUUGCCAUAUAUCGCAUCGGCCCUAUAUCAACUUCUACACAUUCUUAUAGCAAGGUAAUAUCUACGAAUCCUUCUGGCUAUGGCAUUAAUAGGGAUAGGUCCUGGGUCACGUGGAAUGGAGAUAACUUGCUCUGGCUCCCAGUAGAGGUUCGGCCAACUUGCUCAGCUGUGUCAGGACGUACUAUCGUAAUUGGGUGUGCUUCAGGGAGGGUAUACAUCAUUGGGUUUUCGCCAAAUGAUCCUACUACAUGUCUACAAUAGCCUAACAUUUAGGGUUAAAUAAUCUACUCUCUUAUUUCAUAGCUUUAUUUAGGACGGUCGAAGGGGGCUAGCUGCUCCCGUUGCCCGUCCGAUUCAGACUAAUCGAGAAUUAGCAAUGGUGGUCAAGUUGGUUGUUUUAGAUUCUGUUGAGUGGAAUUGCUUUCCUCUUACCCUUGUAGUUAAUAUUUCUAUUUCUGAUACUGAAAUAACUGCUUAGGUCUUACUUAACAACUUUCUAUCUAACUUGGUUCCUAUAUGUUGACGCUCGGUCGGCCGUGUGUUGUGCCUUUAAUCUAACCAUCUCAUCGUCAAAAUAGCUGCCAAUCUGCCUCAUCCUCGAUCUUCUUGGUCUAGAAGCUCGGUUUAUAUUGAGAAGAGUUUCCUUGGUUACGUUAUCCUCCAUCACUCUCAGACUCGUACCAGUCAAAUUAGAAGUCAUGGCUCGGCUCGUAAUUAAGUCAAGGGCAGCCUGUAAUUCUCUCGCGAACUCGUCUCUUUCUUUUUUAUCUUGAUAGCAGCGUUUCUGUCUCAGAAUAUUUAAGCUGAGCUGUUCGAGAGGCUGUUUGUCGCGGACCUCUGAGCCCUCGAAGUCGAUCACCAUAACAUUGCCGUUCGCAUCAUACAAUAUAUUACGUCCCGCAACGUCGCGGUGUAAUACUCGUAGUCGAUGAAUUGCCUUCAGAGCCGCCUUCACACCGCCCACUAAGCUAACUUCCUGCGUUGCAUUUACACAUUUGGGCAGAGGUUCUCCAGCCCAGCUAAGAAAGAGAAACUGGCUAUAAACGCCGCCGUCAAAAUGGUUAGGGAGCACCAAGUCAACAAUACCAACACAAACGGGUACAGAUCUGCCUUGGAUGGGGCGUAGUCUGUCAUAAAUGCUCUUUUCGUGAAGUAGAAAAUGUUGAUCAAAACUCUCCAUGCCUUUCGCUACCAUUGUAUAGCCGUGUGAAGAGAGUGUCACCUUGAACAGUACACCACGGCGGCCCGACAAAUAGAGGCACAUGCAAUCUGCGUUGUGGCCACGGUCUGUUCUAAGCUGAGUUCGUAUGCGCUCUAUAAAUUCGGCCUGCUUAAUAUGAUGUUGGCCGUGGGUUGGUAGAUUUGGACAGGCUGGGUCUAGCGGUCCGCCAUUUGCCAACCCGAGCAAACAUUUGUGUGUACAAAACAGUCGAUCUUUAAUAUUAACUGCAUUGGUUUGAAGCUGGCGCUGAUGCUGUUGGACUUGCUGGUUCGAAUGAUUUCCACUGCCAUGUUUCGUUUUGUCACUCGCCCUGGCGGUCCCAUCCGGAGUCACUUGCUGGUUGGUCUUUGUGGAUGGGUCUGGAGUUGGCGACGGGGGAUCAUCAUCACUUUCUGAAUGAGACAAGGCCGGAUUAGAGCGCUUACAACGUGAACGUGUUUGAAUCGGCGAUCGCUUGAAGCCUUUCCACCGCUGCGGCCGAUACGACGGCGCAUGGCGUUCUUUUUUCUUUGCCGAGAUGGGGAUUUUGCUCAAAAUGUCGUCGUACUCAACAACCCAAGUGUCAAGCUUAUCUGCUGCAUCGUGCCAUGACUCGGGGGGUGGAUCGGCGGCCAUCGCCUGGAGCAAGAAGGCGAAUACUUGUGCAGUGGCUGUGAAGUGAAGCCCAUUCUCAUCGCUGUCCACGACAUCUAAGGCAGGUACGCGAAGUGCAACCUGGACAGUAGCUGGAUCAUCUCCAAUGUGAAGAAAUCCGAGGAUUUGGCCGGUGCAGAAGUAGCCGUACGGUAUGCCCUUUCCGACCAUAUAUGAAAAGAGCUGAGUAACAACUGCCGCAGAGAGAGCUCGAGAACUCGACGCAAAGCUAUCAACAUCUUGGUUGAUCACAUCACGAUCAGGUUGGAUCUCUGACUCGAGACCAGUAACAAUCUCGUCUAUACCAACUUUGUGUGGUGCUUUAUAUUCAAUUGCGAGCACUGGGAUAUUCCGCCCAUCGGAGGUUCUGUAAAUGCAGAAUUGAUCCGCUCUGUUGCCCUUUCCCCUUGCUCGUCGCCGCGUUGUUUGUUGUCGAUACUUCGUUCGGGACGUCGAUGGCCCAGCUGGUGCCACGCUAUCGCCGAUUGACAUCUGUUCGAGUGAUUCAGAUAGGGUGUUAUUAGGAGCGGUAAGGUUAGUAUGGCUCUCAAAAGCAACCGUCCCCUGCAGGCCGAGAUUUUCCCUCAACACUGGGUCUUUAUAAGACCUUUCGACCAGCUUCUGGACAGCAUUCUCUACCACAUCACGCUCAAAGUUCCGAAGUCCAAUCUCACUACUAAUAGGUUGAAGAAUGGACUGAACAUACGCUAAUUGAUGCUUUGAAGGAAAAGCGGCUUCAGAGUAGAACUGUGGGCUGGUAGAUAGUCUUUCCCAGACUUCUUCUUGUUUUGCUGCGAAGUCAUGCCAUGGGACGAUGCGUCGAGGGUAUAUCCGACCAGCCGGAUUCGUAGCAUCGCCUUUUGUGGUCGAGGACGGGUCAGUGACGACUUGAAUACUAAGAUCCAGUUCAUGCGUAGCCCCGAGAUACUGUUCAAGUGUUUGUGGUCGUGACUCCCUGGCAAGUUCCUCCGCGACCGCAAGUCGAUGUUCUUCUUCUUCGCGUCGACGUAGAGCUUCUACGCGUCGAUUUUCUUCUUCUUCACGUCGACGUAGAUCUUCUGCGCGUCGAUUUUCUUCUUCGUCGCGUCGACGUUGUUCUUCUGCGCGUAGACUUUGUUCGGCAGCCUCACGUCGGCGUUGUUCUUCUUCACGCAGGCGUUGUUCUUCUUCGCGCAGGCGUUGUUCUUCUUCGCGCAGACGUCGUUCUUCUGCGAUAAGGCGGCGUAAAUCUUCCAAUUCCUUUGUCGACAUAUUAAUGAUAAGCGUGCUGGAGCGUUGUGCCUCACAAUGCGGAAAUGGACCAUCCACUUGCGAGCAGCCCCGGCGGAGCUGUCGGAGCCACCUGCGCCCCUGCCCCACAGUAGUUGCCGGGAGUAGCUAGCAGCGCGUUAUAAAUUUAGAUGGGGGGAGCCAGAGGCGGUGCCAUUUGUGCAGAGGGGGGGAACAUGCCGCCCGCGAUUCGAGAUGCAUUUAUCUAGUAGACAAAUUGUUCUUGGAAUGCAGCUAUAGAUGGAGCUAGAACUCGUCGCUGUUCGGUAUAUGCUAUACUAGAAACAAUGUACCAAGAGGAAAUGGUCAGGUCUCGGCGCAUCUUGCGCCAAAUUAAACAUGGAAUGAGAGAACUCGGAAACAAGUACUAUUUAGUAGGCCAGGAUUUAAUUGCUCUAACACUGUGGUAGAGGUUAGAACUGGACAGUGUGAAGUCUUCGCG